AUGCACAAACGGAACUCGAAUAAUUCCAUUUUCCAGACAGACGAAGAUAUCAGCGGCAAGAAGGGAUAUCACAAGCCGUUUGACACUGCUCCAUCCUGCCCCAGCCCGCUCUCUUCGGCCAAGGUUAUCUCAUCUUCCAACUUGCAAUGCGAUGCAGACGUGCCCAAGCUGGCUUUGAGCAGCAGCGUCGAAGAGAGCAAGCCUGCCCAAUCUCCAUCCCACAUUCCUCCGCAGAGCCAGCAGCAGCCGAGCACGUCGCCAUCAUCCAUGGAUAUCUCUCCUAGAUCCCAUGUGGCUCCGCUCCCUCAAAGCCAGCCUCCGCGGCCGCCUCUCGUCUUCACCAAAUCUCAACCCGUGGUGAAGUCACCUGUCGCCGCAACUCCGGACACAAACCACUAUGCAGCACUCAUUCUCCAGAGCAGAGAAGUCAAGCUCAAUAAAUGGCGCAACUCUUCCAAUGUCCCCUCAACCUUAUCGGCCUCCGUUACACCAUCCUCCAUCCGCCGAAAUCAAUCACAUCAUAUUCGUAGGGGCUCAGCAGAUGUUAGGACUCUUCAGAGUCCCAGCCCAAAUAACAAAGAGCCUCUACGUCGUAUGCGCACGGUCAGUGUCGCAGAGCCAUCGUUCGAACACCACUUACAUCGUUCGAGCUCUGUGUCGCAGAAUCCAUCAUCUGACGAUAGGGAUGUUAAGUGGGUCGAUUGGCUGGAGGAGUACCAGCAAAUGAAAGAGGCAAAGAUCAUGUCCGAUCAGAUACAGGCGUCUUCAGAGACACUCACCCCCAAGUCUAUCCACCAGAGUCCAGUCAUCCGCUCACCACCAUCAGCUCAGCCCAAGCCACCUCCGCCAUCUUAUCAGCAGCAUCCAGACUUCCGCUUCCCCCAACGCAAGCCAUCAUCUGCCUCUUUAACGACUGAUGUCAAAUCAAGGUAUCUGGGUCCACCCAAUACUAAUUCGCCGUCGCCAGCUAGUUCAAUUAGUAGGCCAGAGCUGCGCAGGAAGAAGAGCCAUCAGCUAGGUGCCAAAAUCGAGAGCUGGUGGUCUGCAGUCAAGACAAACUUCUUAUCAGGUACCUCCAAAUCAAACGAAAAGGAUGAUGAAACGAUGCCAAUGUACAGCCAUAAAGGGAAAGAGCCAGAGCAACUAACAUCUCUCACUCUACCAGAUUUCACAGACCCAUUCUCCUCAAUGCCUGGCGAAUACUUCGGCACAGAGCCGUCUCCUGAAAUCAGAUCGCCCAACUCUCAACAAUCACUGCUCACUGCUCAAUUGCGAGGAAAAACAUCGCCUCAGCCAAACGAACAGUCAUCUGGAGACUCAAUACGAGGUUCUCUCACCGCGUUGGGUAUUAAUACGGGUGUAGCUCCCAGCUUGAACACACAGGCACAACUACCCAAUGCAGAGAGCUUCCCUAAAAAUUUCUUUGUAGAUGAUUCAGAUUCCGAUCGCCGUCAGUCGAGCGUGCAAGGAAUGCCAGUCUCGGCAAUGCAAUCGCAGAUAAAAGCAAGGUUGACUAAUGCAAAGCAGCAAGCUAAUAGGGAAGUACAAUGGGUAACUAACCAAGUGACUGAGUACGUUGAAAAUGAGCUAAGAAGGAAUAAAGAUCAAGAUGAAGAGAACGAUGCGGUUGAUGAUAACGAGGUGGCACUUUCGUUGAAUGAUUCUCCAACAGCUUCUUCAAUAGGGUUUGAUGCCUUACCCUCAUCUUACUCAAACCAAUCAAUUCCAAACCGCGGGAUCGGCGUGUCUAUGCCACGCAAGUCAUCAACAUCACGCAGAUUCUCGGCUUCUUUUGUACCCACCUCGCCAAUUCGAAAGAUAUCAAUGCAUAAUCUAGAUGCAGUGAAGCAGGCUUCGUCCCCAGUCAACGUCAGCCCACAAAAGUCUAGUUUUAGGAGAGUAUCGCAAGUACCAUUGAGGUACAGACAGAGAUCAAUAAGCUCAUCCCGUUCGCCAAGUCGCAGACGAUCACCACCGCCAUCGACGAUGGAAAACACUGCGGACUUGGACGACGAUCUGGAUGACUUGGAGAAUGAAGAUGAGGAUGAUGAUGAUUUUAUGAAAGUGCUCCAAGAUCUCAUUCUUAUCGGUCAGGAGGUUAUAGAUACACCAUUGAGCACCUACACGAGCAUUCCAGACCUAUGUCGGUCGACAGUCCAGCGCGCGCGUCAUUUAGGUACCAAAUGGGACGCCAACCCCUCGUGGGAUGGAAGACAGUGGUAUAUACAGUUUCUGCUUGCUGUGGCUGGACUCAGCCGCAUAGUCGAAUGGUGGGAAGCUGAAAAAGGAUUCUGGAACUUUAACGAGAGUGAUGACGAAAAAGACCCUAUUCGUUUUGUGGUGCGCGGUGACGACAACAAUGUCUGGAUAAAGAAUCCUGAUGAGUUGUCUCCUAAACCAGCCACCGUACUGCGAUACGACCAACAGCCACUAGCGCAGUCACAACAUCGACCAUCAAGUGUGCGCUCUUCGCCACCAAUGAGUCUAGCAUCAAAACCAUUGGCCCCCAACGAGUCUACUACAUCGAUUAAUCGUGUACAAGAGGACCAGGUUGGUGAAAAUGAACCAGAUAACGAUUCUCAGCAGAACAAACGUCCCGAAGAUCUCGAUAGAGCUGCUGGCGUCGAACGCACUCAGCACAUAUUGAUUGAUCUAAGCCUGGACGAUGCUAAGUUCCAAUUCAUCGCUCCUUCAUGGGCAGAUGUUGUUGGCUCUAACCCCGAUGAUCUCUAUGGCAGACCAAUAUCCGAGGUCCUCGCACCCGAAGACGAGACCGUUUUCAUAGAAGCUACGCAAGCAUUCCGCAAAGACGAAAAUUCAAUCAAGGAAGUGAGGUUCAGACUAUAUGUCGUACCAGAGAAUGCUCGUAAUGGCGAAGAGAUAGACUACGACUUCGAUUUUGAGAAUUAUGCAGAGUUUGAAGCGAAAGGUAUGAUGAUGAAGGAGCGAUACACUGGCGACUUUACUCAUACAAUGUGGGUGAUGAAGCCAGUUCCACCAACGAAGUACGACAUCGAACAGCGGGAAUCUGAAGCUGUAAGAUCCGGAGGCGUGUUUGAUUUGGAAGUUGCCCGACAGCAAUCGACCAUUCACCAACUCAUCCUGUCAGGCAACAAAGCAGAUUUGGAGAAGCCUCUUUUGUGCAGAAUCUGUGAACUGGAAAUACCAAUGUGGUUCUUUGAGAGACACAACGAAACUUGCAACGAAAUUCACCGACUCGAGAUGGAUAUUAACAGCAUAAAUGAAAAUCUUGCAGAGUUUAUAGACAUUAUCAACGACCUGAAAUGUGUUAUUGGUGGUACGAAAGAGGGAGAAGCAAUUUACGAAGGUACUAAUUUCAAGCUCCUCAUCGAUGAUCAUGGCAGACGUUCAACUAUCAAGCAAAUCAGAAUGCUCGAUCAUUUAUUCGAAGGAGUUGAAACUGCAUUGGAUAUCUCAACACCCGGUGCUAAGAAUGAAGAAGAGGCUGAAUUGCCAAUUGAGCAGCAACGAUUAGUUUCACCGUCGUCUGAAAGUAAAUUUCAGCAGAUCAGGAUGUGGCAGAAGCCGAUUACGGAUGAAGAUGCCUUCAUCAAAUUGAUCAACAACAUCGAACCAGUUUUACAAUCGAAGCUGAGAGCUGUGACGCGUAUGCGUAACACCAUUAUAUACACGGAGAAGAUUCACCACGACUGGGAGGAAGCUAUUAAAAAAGAAUUUGAAAGUGCCAGUGAUAGUGCUAGUGGGGAGUCUUCUCAGGCCUCAUCCCCAACUAAACAGGACCCGCCUUGCUCGCGUGGAAUGGACGAAAAAGGAUCCAGCUCGCUUGCUCCAUCUUAUUAUCCUUACGUUGGUAGCAGUGGCUUGCCAUCCCGUACAGACACUCCAGUCGAAGGUAAGAGUAGUAACAACAGCUCGAAGCAGAUGAGUAGGAGGACAUCUAAAGGCUCAAUUAAAGCUUCUGGUCCUCCGCCGAAAUCAGAGAAGAACGAUAAUGAAUCUGAAAAAGAGAAAACGAUAGUACCACGUCAUUCGCAGUUAUUCAACACAACGCAUCCGUUCACAGAAUCGCCCAAAUCUUUAUUGGUACCACGAACCAACUCAACAGAGACAUCAAGCGUAUCGCCAUCGAACACCUCCCCGCUGUCGCAGAUUAGCGGCGACGGCUACUCGCUUUUACUGCAAGCAACAUCGCCACCAAUCGAAAAGAGUAGCACUAAAACUCACAUGAAGAAGAGGAACAGUCUCAAUGCAUAUACCAGUGCCAUGCCAAGUGGUAGUCCAUCUACCAGCACCAAGUACGUUGGAUUUGAAAGAAACAGAAGUGGAUCGCCACACAUACCCUCAUUAUUUACACGCGAGACAGAGUCACGUAGACUGAAUUCUAGAAUCGGUCAUCACUCUCCGCGCAUGUCUUUCGUUCCGACUGCGCGUGCCACCCCUGCCAGCAUACGCGACUUCGAAGUCAUCAAACCUAUCUCGAAGGGCGCGUUUGGAAGCGUAUACCUGGCCAAAAAGAAGGCUACUGGAGACUACUACGCUAUCAAGAUACUGAGAAAGGCUGAUAUGAUUGCCAAGAACCAAGUCACGAAUGUCAGAGCAGAGCGGACAAUUCUGAUGUCUACCGCCGAAUCACCGUUUGUUGCUAAGUUGUUUUUCACCUUCCAGACCAAAGAGCACCUCUUCUUGGUCAUGGAGUAUCUCAAUGGCGGUGACUGUGCCUCACUCAUCAAGCAACUCGGUGGUCUGAGCGAGGAUUGGGCAAAGAGAUAUGUCGCCGAGGCUGUAGUGUGUCUAGAACAUCUUCACGAGCAGGGUAUCGUUCAUCGUGAUAUGAAGCCUGACAAUUUGCUCAUUGACCAAAAAGGACAUCUUAGGCUUACUGACUUUGGGUUAUCGAAAAUUGGUUUACUUGGUCGGCAGGCUAGAGGUACGACCGACCAGUCAAGGCAGAAGUCGCAACAGAGUCACGAUUUAGAUGUUCAAGGCAUAACCUACCUUGCAAACCCGAAUGAGAAUACAUCGAUGCCGGCUUCAAAUUCGUUUAUUCAAUCCUACUUUUCAAACACUUGGGGUAGAUCCAGACGUAAUUCAGCUGUUUCGGACUCAGAUUCAUCUGGGAAUAAGGCUGUGGGAAGAGGUACCCCUCCUGUUCAUUCUGACGACUCACCCAUCUUCAAGAGUAAUCCCCAAGCAUUUGCAGGCACACCCGAUUAUCUGGCGCCAGAGACGAUUCUUGGCUUUGGUGGUGACGACAUGGCUGUAGACUGGUGGGCGAUUGGCGUGAUUCUUUAUGAGUUCCUGUACGGAAUCCCACCAUUUAAUGAUGCCACGCCGUCGAAAGUAUUUGAGAAUAUACUAUCGAGAAGGAUAUCGUGGCAUGAAGAUGAUCCAGACUAUCAAGUCUCACCAGAUGCAAGAGACUUAAUGGAGAGGUUGUUGUGCAGUGAUCCUCAGAAGCGUUUAGGGGCAAAUGGUGCAUGGGAAGUCAAAUCCCAUCCGUUCUUCGCUGAUAUAGACUGGGAGAAGCUAAUGACAAUGGAGGCAGCGUUCAUACCCGACGCAACAAACCCAGAGGACACGGAUUAUUUCGAUCCAAGAGGAGCAUUAAAUGAUGACUUUUCGGCGCAAAUAGAAGCAUUAAACAAGGCUGCCGACCAGCAAUUUGAGCCUGCACCAUCGACGCCGCCAAUAAACUUCCCACAGUCACCAUCAAUCCCCAUUGAGGGAGCCAAUCCUUCGGAAACGGCUACUCCUGGACCUGGAACGCCAAUUUCUGAGACUAGCUCGGCUUUAUUCACAAAUUCAAGCAACAGAGGUAGGACUCAUGAUGAUUUCGGUCCAUUCAGUUUCAAGAAUCUGCCUGUUCUCAAACAAGCCAAUGAUGAGGUGAUAAGGAAAAUGAGGAACGAGUUUAUGGGUCCAAGUAACUCAGUGUCUUCUGACGAGGAGCAGCUUUCACCUGUUGAGAGAGCAAAGAGAGGAUCAUCAGUCAAGCACCGCAAGUCGUCACUUUCUUCACAGAACAAAAUAAGUAACUCGUACAAUCUAAACUCAACAGGCCCACCAUCUCCAACAACCAGCACAGCAUCCUCAUCUCUGGCUGAUUCAAAUGGAAUCAAGCGUAAGAGCUCACAAGCACAUUCGAGGAAAACAUCGGAGAGCUUGGCGGUAGAGAGGCUGAAGGCACAGCUUGGUAAGGCAAAAGCGCCAUUGCCGUCAAGUCGAUCUAGAAAUGUAUCGAUAUCCGAUCAUUCUGAGUCAAUGAAGGCAUUGGACGUAGGCACACCACCGACAUCGAUAUCGUCAGCUGAUUUAGCAAAUGAUCGACCUGUUGAUGUGCUGCUGGCUGACGAUAACCCGAUUAGUUUGAAGAUACUUGAAACCCUUCUGGCUAGAUUGGGAUGCCGGUGUGUUGUUGUUAGAGAUGGCACUGAAGCGGUCAGCUGUGCUACAGGGGAUAUAGAAUUUGAUAUCAUGUUCUUUGAUGUUGAAAUGCCGAACUUGAAUGGAGAAAGUGCCGCCAAGGCUAUCAGAAACCUAUCAAAUCUCAACCAAAACAAACCGAUUGUCGCUGUCAGUUCGUUCAAGACUACAUUUAGAAUACAAGAACAGGGCGUGUGGUCUGCGACGAUGAACAAGCCGGUUCAAAAGUCACAACUUACUACGGUUAUGAAGCAUUUUGGAUUCCAUACAGCAGAUCUAAGGCAAUCUUUAGCAUCGCAUGUCGCUUAG